AUGAAUUUAGGAGAUAUGGCUGCGAUAACAUUGCUGUGUAUUCUGUGUGCCCUGAAAUCCACUCAAGGGUAUUAUGGCAACCCUCUGAACAAAUACGUACAACACUACGAAGGUCUGUCUUAUGAUACAGACCUGGUGCACAGCAGACAUCUGAGAGCAAAGCGAGCACUCUCCCAUGAGGACAGGUUUCUUCACCUGGAGUUCCACGCUCACGGAAGGCAUUUUAACCUUAGGAUGAAAAGAGACACAAAACUAUUUUCUGAGGAUUUUAAACUAGAGGUCUCUGGAGAAGAGAUGGCCUAUGAUACCUCACAUAUCUAUACUGGAGAAAUCUAUGGGGAGCAUGGCAGCCUAACUCACGGCUCUGUCAUUGAUGGCAAAUUUGAGGGCUUUAUUAAUUCACACCACGGAACUUAUUAUGUGGAGCCUGCAGAAAGAUAUUUGGAGGACAAAAAUGUGCCAUUUCAUUCGGUUAUCUACCAUGAAGAUGAUAUUAUCUACCCUCAUAAAUAUGGGCCACAGGGUGGCUGUGCAGACCAUUCUGUGUUUGAGCGGAUGAAAAAAUACCAGGCUACUGCUUUGGAAGAGCCUGUCAGGGAAGUGACUGAGACACCAGAGAAAAAGUCAGCUGAUGACCCUGUGUUACAGAGGAAAAAGAGAAUGACUCAAGUGGAAAAAAAUACCUGCCAACUCUUUAUCCAGACUGACCACCUCUUCUACAACUACUACAAAACAAGAGAGGCUGUAAUUGCUCAGAUCUCCAGCCAUGUGAAAGCGAUUGACGCAAUCUACCAGGGAACAGAUUUCUUGGGUAUUCGUAACAUUAGCUUCAUGGUGAAAAGGAUUAGGAUUAACACUACUAGUGAUGAGCGGGACAAGUCCAACCCUUUCCGUUUUGCAAACAUUGGCGUGGAGAAGUUCCUGGAGUUAAAUUCUGAGCAAAACCAUGAUGACUAUUGUCUUGCUUAUGUAUUUACUGACCGAGACUUUGAUGACGGUGUGCUGGGACUGGCUUGGGUGGGAGCACCCUCAGGGAGCUCUGGUGGUAUCUGUGAGAAGAGUAAGCUUUAUUCUGAUGGAAAAAGGAAAUCACUGAACACUGGCAUUAUAACAGUGCAGAACUAUGCAUCCCAUGUUCCUCCAAAAGUCUCACACAUUACCUUUGCCCAUGAAGUGGGGCACAACUUUGGCUCUCCACAUGACUCUGGCUCUGAAUGCACUCCCGGUGAGUCAAAAAGCCAGGACAAAAAGGAGAAAGGCAACUACAUCAUGUAUGCUAGAGCUACAUCAGGGGACAAGCUCAACAACAACAAGUUCUCCCUGUGCAGUGUUCGAAACAUCAGCCAAGUUCUGGAGAAAAAAAGAGGCAACUGCUUUGUGGAGUCUGGACAGCCGAUCUGUGGCAACGGAUUAGUAGAACCAGGAGAGGAGUGUGAUUGUGGCUACAGUGACCAGUGCAAAGACCAGUGUUGCUAUGAUGCCAAUCAACCAGACAACAAGAAGUGCAGACUUAAACCUAACAAAGUCUGCAGUCCUAGCCAAGGCCCAUGCUGCACUGCUCAGUGUACAUACAAAACUCGUAAUGAAAAGUGUCGGGAGGAGUCUGAGUGUGCCCACCAGGGUAUGUGUAGCGGAGCCUCAGCCCAGUGCCCAACAUCAGAGCCCAAAGCCAACUUCACUGCCUGCCAUGGAGAAACCCAAGUCUGUCUUAAUGGGGGAUGCUCUGGCUCAAUUUGUGAGAAAUAUGGACUGGAGGUGUGCACAUGUGCCAGUGGAGACGUGAAGAAUGAGACGGAACUUUGCCAUGUUUGCUGCAUGGAGAAAAUGAACCCCAGCACAUGCAGCAGUACAGGCUCAGAGCGCCUGGCCCGAUUCUUUAAUAAGAGGGUGACCACGCUGCAAGCUGGCUCUCCUUGCAAUGACUUUAAAGGUUAUUGUGACGUGUUCAUGAAGUGCAGGCUGGUGGAUGCCGAUGGGCCACUGGCCAGACUGAAGAAGGCCAUCUUCAACCCUGAGCUCUACAGGAACAUCUCAGAGUGGAUAGUGGCUCACUGGUGGGCAGUGCUCCUAAUGGGUAUUGCUUUAAUUAUGCUCAUGGCUGGAUUCAUCAAGAUUUGCAGUGUCCACACACCCAGUAGCAACCCUAAACUACCACCUCCUAAACCUCUACCAGGCACUCUUAAGAGAAGACGAGCCCAACAGGCUCAGCAGCAGCAGCAGCAGCAGCAGCAGCAGCAACAGCAGCAGCAACAGCAGCAGCAACAGCAGCAGCAUCACCACCAUCACCAUCACAACCUGAACCAGCACCCUCACGGUCAUGGCCACCAGAACCAUCGCCCUUCCCAGCGCCCGUCUCAGCAACCUCGCCAUCACCGCCAGCCAAGGGAAAACUACCAGAUGGGCCAGAUGAGACGCUGAAAGCCUGGCAAUCACCCAUUUCACCACUACCACAACCUGCCAGUGCCUGUGUACAGUGGGAUAACGGUCACAAAAGGUUUUAACUUCUUUACAGCCAGACGCACACAAUUCUAGUCUCAAUCUGACUAGAAAAUGUGAUCAUUUUUAAAUUCCUAACCAUGUGCAGUUCUUCAGUUCCAGUUUGGUUAAAUCUGGCUGUAGGACAAGACUUUACUCCAAAGAAUCCAACUGGACCAGCACAUGAAAUCAUGACUUCAUUCCCAGUUUUACACGGCAUCAACCAGGACCAAUUUUAAGAGGUACACACAACAAAAUGUGCAGUAAAGCUCUUGUGAAAGCAGUUGUUCUUAAAGCUGCCUCUGUCAAAAGUCAUAACAAAAAUUGUUUACAAAAAAUCAAUACAGCUCUCCAUGAAGGAAAUCUGAACAAGUCCAUUAUGCUUCCGUUCAUUCCAGUCUUUAUACUGAGCCACUCUUAUGGUAAGAAAGAUCUGCUUUGUUCAGCACAGGUGAGAUCGAACUGUGUGAACAUCACAACAUGGAGGGAUCAAUAGAAAAAAAAAAAAAAUGAACAGCAGAUGAAAAUUGAGAUGUUCAGUUAUGAUGAUGUUAGUAUUUACCUCUUUAUGUACCCUCACAGUCAGUAUCAUGAAAGUGUGCCAUGGUUUAAGGGACCAGGCAAAUGAGUCGCCAUCCUGUGCGUUCACUAGCAGGUUAAAUUUCAACUAUUUAAUGACAUUUUAUGAUCAAACAAAGAAUGAAGGCUGUUAUUUUCUCCAUGCAGCAAAUGCCUACUUCGCCAGUGUACAGAUUACAAGUGUAUAGAGAGAUUUGUAUUAUAUGUGAACAAAUAUUUCUUUUACUGUUCAGAAAAUAACAAGUUGCCGUUUUGAUCAACAUUCUCAGGACUUGGACAUAAACGAAAAAACUGUACAGGAUAAUGAGUAAGGAUGAGGGGAUUAAACAUUCACAAGAGGAAAAAAGGUAGAAAAGAAGGUUUGAGCUCAGUUAAUGUAAAUGUUUCAUUUUGAAUCUGUAGUGUCCCAGUUUUAAAGAUUUUCAGUUUUAUCGGAGGUUAAACAUAUCCUGCACAGCACUACGGUCUGGAUGAGAGCUGAUGUCAUAUUUCAUCAUUUCCCAGACCUUUUUUUUUCUACUGCUACAAUCAGGAGGAUUGUUGGCACUACAAAUGAUGUAAUCUGCACAUAAGGUACAUGUAUUAGAUUGUGCAUGCUUUGAAUGCUCGAAGAGACACACUAGUCUUAAGAUAAAUGUCUGUGUGAAUGAGGUGGUAAAAUUUAAAUUGUUCAUCUGCAGUUUACAUUUAAGGUCUUUAAAUGGUUUAGUCCUAAACUUCGAAGAAUUUGAUUAUACAAUGGUUCCAUUUUUGUCAUGUAUAGUUUUUAAAACAGUGAUCUUAUUGUGAAGCCCUCAAUCAACCAGUUUUUUCAUCUACAACUAAAACCAGUAGGUGAUACUUGAAACAAACUUUUAUGUACCAUGUGUCAGAUAAUGAGCCAAGACACUUUUUUGAUAUUUCAGUUAAUGGUAGAACGUGAUCACAAUUGUAAUUUUUAAAUAUGCUGUGUAAUAUCAGAAUUUUAAAAACGUUUACAGAAAAAGUUUACAGAAAUUACCAAACCACUAAUAUUAAAAAAAUUUACAUAAUGGCAUAAACUAGGAGGUGCUGUGCUUAUCAGCACAAAUGCUGUCAAGGCUAUUUUUAAAGUAAUUUAACUACUG